AUGGACAUCCCCCUGGCAAAUCUCGUUCAGAAAUGGCUCCAUCUUGACAAGAAUGAAGCCACACGCAGCGAGAUCGAACGUUUAUGGGCUGCAGGAGAGACCGCUGAAUUGGAGCGGCGGAUGAGGAAUCGAAUAGAGUUUGGGACUGCAGGCUUGCGGGGGCGUAUGGAAGCUGGGUUUUCUCGUAUGAAUGACCUCAUCAUCAUCCAAGCCUCUCAAGGCCUUUGUCAGUAUGUUCUACGGACAGUCGAGAACGCAGCAACGCGCGGAGUGGUCGUAGGACACGACCACCGGCACCAUUCUGAGGAAUGGGCGCAGUUGACCGCCGCCGCUUUCCUCAAGAGUGGUGUCAAGGUUUACCUUCACAGGGGCCUUGUACAUACACCGCUGGUGCCAUUCAGCGUGAAGAAAUUGGGUGCCGCUUGUGGUGUCAUGAUCACAGGUAGACCGUCUCAUGCUGAAAUCAUCGAGCCUCACGACAAGGGCAUCGCAGCAUCGAUCAGGGCUAAUCUGAGCCUCAGACUUGGGACGUCGAGUCAAUCCAUUCGUCUUCCCUCUGCUGACCGAACAGACGAGAUGGGGAAGCCUACUUCCAGCCUCGCCUCUCUUUGCCUCAGAAGUAUCACCCCAAUCAAGUUCGUGAACACCUCCAUGCACGGUGUCAGUCACCCGUUCGUGACACGCGCCUUCGAGGUAGAGCAGCAGCACCCAGACCCGGAUUUCCCAACCGUAAAAUUCCCGAAUCCCGAGGAAAAGGGCGAAUGUGGUGCUAGCUACGUAGUCGCCCAGGACCCCGAUGCGGACCGGUUCGCGGCGCAGAACGAGGGUGAGACAUUGCCAGACGGGAAGUGGAUCCAAUUCACUGGAGAUCAGUUGGGUGCCCUCUUCGCCAGCGCUGCCCUGGAUCGCUACAAGGCCUCUGGCAAGCCCCUUGAGAGAUUAGCCAUGGUCGCCUCUACAGUGAGCUCGAAGAUGAUUGAAGCUAUGGCGCAGACAGAAGGAUUCAAGUUCGCCGAAUGCCUCACAGGCUUCAAGUUCAUUGGUAACGCCGCGUUGAAGCUGGACCAGGAAGGUUACGAGGUGCCCUUUGGAUACGAGGAGGCGAUCGGCUUUAUGUUCGGCUCUGAUAUCAGGGACAAGGAUGGCGUUGCUGCGACGGUGAUGUUCGCGGAGCUGGUCGCUUCACUGCAAGCGCAGGGAAAGUCGGCCAGCCAGCACCUGCAAGAGCUGUACAAACGCAACAGCUACUUCGUCUGUAGCGAUCCUCCGACGAUCCAGAAGAUCUUCACUAGACUGCGCGACUACGACGGAGCGAGCGUCCCAGCUACCCAAGACGAUUGCCGGGUUGACGUCACGAGCGUGCGCGACCUCACUGUCGGUUACGACAGCUCGAACCCGCCAACCUACAAGCCCGCGCUACCGCUCUCGUCCGGCCAGAUGGUGCAGUUCAGGGCAGAGUCGCCUGUGGACGGCACGAGGAUAACGCUCACCACGAGGACGAGCGGUACGGAACCGAAGAUUAAGUACUACCUCGAAGGCAGUGGAAAGAGCGAGGAAGCAGUCAGGGUGCUCUUGCCAAAGGUCGUUGACGAGCUGGCCGAUGAGUGGAUGGAAGCAGGAAAGUAUGGGCUCGCCCGCGGGUAG